AUGGCCGCUCAAAUGGUCGGAGGCCAGAGUGACGACGUUCACCAGCGUCUCGACCAUAUUCCCUCCGCUCCCAUGGAAGAUUAUGUCUUUCCUGAACUGCGCUUGAAGCGCAAGAUGACCGACCCGGAGAAGACGCCACUCCUGCUGGUCGCGUGUGGUUCCUUUUCACCCAUCACCUACCUCCACCUGCGCAUGUUCGAAAUGGCCGCCGAUUACGUCAAAUUUAGUACCGAGUUUGAAUUACUGGGUGGUUACCUCUCGCCCGUAUCCGAUUCUUAUCGCAAAGCCGGUCUUGCCAACGCAGACCACCGAGUUGCGAUGUGUCAAUUAGCAGUCGAUCAGACCUCGGACUGGCUUAUGGUUGAUACCUGGGAGCCGAUGCAGAAGGCCUACCAGCCGACCGCGGUGGUACUGGACCACUUCGACCACGAAAUCAAUACAGUCCGAGGUGGAGUUGAAGCUGGCGAUGGAACCCGGAAGCCUGUUCGCAUUGCUUUACUUGCUGGAGCGGAUCUAAUUCACACUAUGUCUACGCCCGGUGUUUGGAGUCAGAAGGAUCUGGAUCACAUUCUUGGCAAAUAUGGCUCAUUUAUUGUUGAGCGCAGUGGUACCGAUAUUGAUGAGGCGCUGGCUAGUUUGCAACCUUGGAAGGACAAUAUCUACGUAAUCCAGCAGCUCAUUCAAAACGACGUUAGCAGCACCAAGAUCCGACUCUUUUUACGACGUGAGAUGAGUGUCCGUUAUCUCAUUCCCGUUCCCGUGAUUCAUUACAUUGAGCAGCAUCAUCUUUACGAAGAUGAUGGCACAUCAAAUGAAAAGGGCAAGGAAAGACAAGAGGGAAAGUCAGGGUGA